AUGGGCCGCCUAAAUUCUCUAGCCAGUCUUGAUCUUUCCGGAAACUGUUUAGAAGGUCCCAUCCCUAGUUCUUUAGGUAAUUUGAGAAGUCUUACUUUUUUGCACCUCUCUCAAAAUCAACUUUCUGGCUUCAUUCCUGAAGAAAUAGGCCGCCUAAAUUCUCUAACCCAUCUUGCGCUAGCCGAAAACCAACUCCAAGGUCCGAUUCCCCGUUCGUUUGCUAAUUUGAGCAAUUUACAAGCCUUGCAUCUUCGUGAUAACCGACUUUCCGGUCCCAUCCCACAAGGAGUCGGAGGUUCCAUGAACAUGGCAAGUUUGCAACUUAGCGGAAACCAAUUUACCGGCUCCUUGCCCGAAAGUAUUUGUCAUGGUGGUUCACUUCAGAAUUUUUCAAUAACCAACAAUAGUUUCAGAGGUCGAGUUCCGCAAAACCUAAAAACUUGCACGAGCUUAGGGAGAGUCUUCUUGAAUGGAAACCAACUCACUGGAGAUAUAUCUCAAGUCUUUGGUGCCUAUCCAAACUUGGUCAUCAUAGAUCUAAGCCACAAUCACUUUUAUGGCAAGAUCUCAAGUAAUUGGGGGCAAAGUCUAAAAUUAGGGAAUCUAAGAAUGAGAGGGAACAACAUUAGCGGUAGCAUACCGCCGGAGAUUGGAAACUGCAUUCAACUACGUGUGCUUGAUUUUUCUUUAAAUCAUAUAGUUGGGGCAAUUCCGAAGGAACUAGGAAAGUUGACUUCUCUAGAGAAGUUGUGGUUGAAUGGAAAUCAUCUCUCUGGUGCUAUACCUGUGGAAUUCGAGUCAUUGACCAAUCUCGAAUUUCUAGACAUAUCCUCGAACAUAUUGUGCAAGUCAAUUCCACGUAAUCUUGGGAACAGCUUCUCGAAAUUGAACCACUUGAAUUUAAGCCAUAACAAUUUUAGUCAAGAACUUCCUAUCUCGCUUAUGAGCUUAUUUCAUCUCUCCAAACUAGAUUUAAGCUAUAACUCUUUAACUGGAGAGAUACCGUCAGAAAGCAGCAGAAUGCAAAGCUUGGAGGUGCUCAAUCUCUCUCACAAUCAUCUUUCUGGCAUUAUUCCGACUACCUUUGAAGAAAUGCAUGGCUUGUUGCAUGUUGACAUAUCUUACAAUGAGUUACACGGCCUCAUUCCCAACAACAAAGCAUUUUUAGAUGCUCCCUUGGAAGCCUUGCAAGGUAACAAGGGAUUGUGCGGUAACGUUAAAGGGCUGCCCCCAUGCAAAGUUCAUAAAUCAAAAAAGGGCCACAUGAAAGCCGAGUUCAUAAUCAUUUUUCCUGUUUUGGGAUCACUUUUGGUUUUGUUUGUUUUCUUCCUAGUUCUUCGAAUUUUACAAAGAAGAAAGAAAUAUCGGCAUCCCCAAUUAGAACAAAGCGACAAGCAUGAAGGAGGAUCUCUUUUUGUGUCAAGCACUUUCGAUGGAAGAAAAAUGUAUGAAGAGAUCAUAAGAACAACGGAAGCGUUCAAUGACAUAUAUUGCAUUGGGGAGGGAGGAUAUGGAAGAACAUAUAAAGCAAAAUUGUCAUCGGGUGAUAUGGUAGCUGUGAAGAAACUCCACCAAGUACUUAAUGAUGAGAAAAGAUCCCAAAAGGCAUUCUUAAAUGAGAUAAAGACAUUAACUGAAAUACGACAUCGAAAUAUCAUCAAACUUCAUUGCUUCUGUUCGCAUGCUAGACAUUCAUUUUUGGUUUACGAAUAUCUAGAAAUGGGUAGUUUGGCAAGAAUGUUGAAUAGUGAAGAAGAUGCUAAAGAAUUGGACUGGAGCAAGAGAUUGAAUAUUGUCAAAAGUGUGGCUUAUGCCUUGUCUUACAUGCACCAUGAUUGCUCACCACCAAUAAUUCAUCGGGAUAUCAAAAGUAACAACAUCUUGUUGGAUUCUCAAUAUGUGGCCCAUGUUUCAGAUUUUGGUACUGCUAAGAUUUUGGAGCUAGAUUCAUCCAAUUGGACUUCCCUUGCAGGCACAUAUGGAUAUAUAGCACCAGAAUUUGCUUAUACAAUGAAGAUAACCGAGAAAUGUGAUGUAUACAGCUUUGGUGUGUUGGUAUUAGAAGUGAUGAUAGGAAAGUAUCCGGGUGAUUUCAUCUCCUCAGUUAAGUCAUCUGAUCCAUCAAUUGAGAUAAGUAUUCAGCUGAAAGAUGUGUUGGACCAACGCCUUCCAUUUCCAACGCCCCAAGUUGAGGCCGAGCUUGUAAGGGUUGCAAAGAUUGCUAUUGAAUGCUUAAAUGACCUUUCAGAAUCCAGGCCGACUAUGCACUUGAUUUCUAAAGUAUUAGUUGCGGCCCAAACUACAGCCUCCAGCUAG